AUGGGAACCGGUGAUGACGCAGAAAUAGCUAGCUCUGACCAUCGAUUCACUCAUGGAUGUGACAACUCAAAGCAGUUCGACCCGGAUACUGCCGUGCCUUCUUCGUCUGGACCACUGCGUAAUUUUCUAUGCUCCUUCAGUGAAUGCUCUGGAGCGGAAAGUAUCAAAAUUGUAUGUCCUUACUGCGAAAGAAACUAUUGUUUGAAGCAUCGUCAUGCCGAUGAGCAUUCUUGUGAAAGUCGUCCCGAAAAGGUUUCCAAACCUCGGGUUCUACCGGUCAUUCCUUCCGCAGCCCCCUCAGCUGGUGACGAGAAGCCAAUUGUCAGGGCGAAGCCGGCAGCGGCUCUCACUGAAGCGGAUCGAAAGAAAAUGGAUAAAAUUCUCAUAAUGAAGCUGAAGAUGAAUGCAAAAGCGACGGCCGACGUUCCUUCCGAGGAGCGAAUGUUUUUGUUUGUGGAGGGUGACGACCUCAGUGAUCGAAAAGCUGUAGUGGUCAGCAAGAAGUGGACUGUAGGGCGAUGUGCAUCAAAUAUCGUGAAGACGUUAUCCAUGGAUGAGUCCAAGACGCUUCACAUGUUCAUCGCAGGAUCAGCAGAGCCAUUGGACUACGCGGAAACGGUCUCGAACCAUUUAAAUGAUAUGGACACCAUUAUUGUUCAACUUGUCUAA